AUGCCUCCGUGCUUCAACGCGGACGCGGACCGGGCGAUGAUGACCCAGGACGCGCGCGCGGAGCCAGAAGUCGCGCCGGAGAUCGUCCCCGCGCCGCCGCCGCGCGAGAGCGACGCGCGAGAGGACGUCGUCGCCGCGCUCGCGGAGGCGCUCGAGUGCGAGGACAAGCGACUCGUGCGCCGGUUCGCCGCGACGCGCGCGUGGGAUUACGACGCGACGAUGAAGCUCCUUCGCGAGUACGUGACGUGGAGGAAACGCGUCGGGCUCGACGACGGCAGCCUGUGCCGCGCCCCGGGCGUGCGCCGAGAGCUCCGGAAGCGGCACACGAUGCGGCUUCUGAACCCGAAGGACGCGAGAAGACGUGACCGCGACGCCGACGCCGCCGCCGCCGCCGCCGCCGCGAACGACGAGCAGAGACUCACGUUCUUGGAACUGCACACCCCCGCGAUGUGGCCGACCGCGUGCGACGUCGACGGCUCGCCGGUGAUAUACACGAACAUGCGUCAGUACCAGCGCGGGGUCGGUAAGGCCGUGGAGAACACGUUCGUGUGGAUACUCGAGACGGUGUGCGGCGAGAUGGACGACGCGGCGAGCGCCGCGGCGGCGGCGGUGCCGGCGACCCUCGAGGGCGAACGCGCGGACGCGAGAGACCGCGAGAUGCACGGGGGCAAGUUCACGAUUUUCUUAGACCUAUCCUCGUGCGAUCACGUCCCGCUGCACGCGUUCUUCUCCAUCGGACGCGUGCUACAGAACGCGGUGAAGAAGGGUUUUCGAGGACGACUGCGGAACGUGUACGUCUUCCCGACUGGGCGCGGGUCGAGGGCGCUGCUGAAGAUCUUGAAGCCGUUCCUCGGGAAGUACACCCCGCCGAAGGUGAAGCUCGUGCCGAAGGAGGACAAAGAGCGGCUGUGUGAGAUAUUUACCCGCGAGACGUUGCCGCCGCACUUGGGAGGGACGUCGAAGUUGAUGGCGGUGGACCUCGAGGCGGAAGCCGCGGAGGAGGACGUCGCCGCCGCCGCCGCCGCCGCCGCCGCCGUCGCGCCCGGGGCUGCGGCCUCGGACGCCGACGGCGACGAACACCACCACGAAGACCUGAAGUGGUUCCUUAAAGUCCCCGCGUUUAACUUCGUCGUCCUCGUGGCGAUGACCGCGCACUGCGCGACGCACGGCCCGACGUUCGGCCGCGCGGCGAGGGAUGAAAAAGCGAAAGAGAAAUUUGAGACGGAUGACGGAGACGUCCGACGCGCGCGGCUGAGGAGAUACCUCGCGCCGGUCGUUCGCAACUCGGUGAUGUGGCAUCUCAUCGGACGGGAGGGGCUCGGGAUCAAGUGGAGCGCGCUGUGGAGCGCGGGCGUGACCGUUUUCUUCGGGAUCGUGCGUCGGUUUACUUCGGCGGAGGGGAGGGGCCGAGACUAG